GGGGCCAUCAUGUUCCGCCAGCCACAAUCCGGGAAUUGGGCGGACGCUUGCGACGAAGACGACGAACGCGUCCCACUGCACCAGCCGCCGAGCGCGCCUCAGUCAAUCGAUGAACAUUACUCGUCCAAGGUGGACCAACAGCCGGCAUCUCGGUCUGCAACCACGACGAAAGCGCCAGCUGCGUCCAACUACUGGCAAACUCGCGCGCAGCAGCAACAAGCGGUCCAACCUGCCCCUUCGUCGCAUGCUAACAACUCUAGUUUCCGCCGAGGAGACGACGGUGGUCAGUCGUACGAUCGUCGCGACUUCCGUCGAGAGUACAACGAUCGUGGUCGGGAUGACCGUGGAGGGUUCAACGAUCGCCGCCGCGACUUUGACGACCGAAGUGGUGGCAAUCGCGGAUAUGACGAUUCGAGUCGCUUUGGACGACAAGGUAGCGGUAGUGCUUCGGGACGGGCUUACGACCGAUACGACAGCACGUCUUCAUAUGGGAGUCGCGGCGGUGGGUACGGCCGCGACGCAUUUGAGAGUCAUCGACCAGCACCGUCCGGUCGAUGGGGACAACCUGCCAACGUCCCACGACACGAAGGUUUCGUCACACAUGUCCGCGAAGACGGCGGGUUUGGAUUUCUGCAUUGUCUCGAGCUCAAGCAAGACGUGUUCUUUCACGAAAGCGAAGUGCCGGCGCGAGCUUCGACGGACGAGGAAGGGUCGUCCGAUGCAGCACACGUUGCGCAUGUGCAGGUAGGCGACGAAUUGUCGUUCGAAGUGACGGUGAACCCCCGCAACGGCAAAGAAAGCGCCACGCGCAUCCAGCGAUUGCCAAAAGGGACGAUUGUUCUGGAAGACGUGGCGGACGAAGUCACCCAUGGCGUCGUCACAAAGAGUCUGCCACCUAAACACAAGCAGUCGCACCAUUUUCAACACAGCUCGACGCGGCAGGCUGCGGACGCGACGGGAACGAUUGAUGUGCUGGUGCCUCUCGCAUCGACCACCGACGACGCAGCCGUUGCCGCGCCCACUCCGCUGCGCAAACCCAUUGUUCGAUUCAAUGCAGAGAGUUUCCCCGCGUUAUCCCAUCCUCCUCGUGUUGGCGACGACGUGCAAUUUCGCAUUGCGAUUCAUCGCCAAACGGGCUUGAAGCGAGCUGUCGAUUUGACGGUCACGUUGAGCGCGGCGGCAAAGCGAGAUGCGGCCAUCGAAGCGGCGCUGACGUCGCUGGAGCGCGAGACCGGUGUCGUUACAUCGAUCAAGGGCCACACCGGCACGAUCAUGUGCUUGCGUCGACCUCAAGAUGCUACAUUCGCGAUAUCGAAAGAAGACAAGGGCGUGAUCGCCGAAGGAGACAGUGUAUCGUUCUUUAUCGUGCCCGACGAUUUGCUAGGGUCCGAUGCGGACCGAGACUCGAGUCUUGGGAAUGCCGGCAACGGACUCAAGUCGUCUGGACGUCGGCUCCUCACGGCCAUUCGAUUGGAAAAAACGGACGUUCCUGUUGUGUUCGAGGCGAUUGUGGCCACCAAUGUCGAAGGCACGAUGGUCGUGCCGCCCAAGGACCUCAGUCGCACCCACGGCUACCACCACGACAGCAAGCAACGCGGAAAUAGCAGCAGCGUCGGUCAAAUUCAACCGAUUGUGGCCGAACCAGCCACGGCCGACUCGAACGCAGUGCCGUCGAUCCAGGUCCAAUGGUCCGAAGUCUCAUAUCCAGCCAAGGCCGGCGACAUUGUCACGUUUGACGUGAUGGAAGACUUUCGACGCGGAACAAAGUUUGCUGUCCAAGUCAAGUGGCGCGAGUUGCACCCCGACGGCCGUGAAGUCGGCAUUGUGUCGUCACUCAAGGACGACUUUGGUUUCAUCAAAUGUGUGGACCGCCACGGCGACGCGUACUUUCGCGUGGCCGACGUUGUCCCGGCAGGGGCUUCGUCGCAUUUGGCCCUGCGCCAAGGCGUCGAAGUGUCGUUUGAUGUGGUCCCGAACCACAAGCAAGGCGGCGGCAAACCCGACGGCAUUCGCGCCGCUCGCGUCCAAGUGCUGCCCAAGCACACCAUUGUGUGGGAAGUCGUGGUACACCCGGAAACGAAGGGAAUCGUGACUGCCGUUCCGGUCUCGUCGUCGUCGUCCUACCACCGCAAAACGGAUGGACAGCACAGCGCGACGAACCAUGGCUCGAACGCGGACGGCCGCAUUUCGUUCACGACAGCGACGUGUCCGUUGGACCCGUUUCCAGCCCUUCGACGGGAACUUCAAACGUUGUUUGAUGUUGAGCAAGCGCCGGACGUCGUCGAGUUGGUCCUCAAGCAGCUCACGCCGUCGCAGCGAAGUGCGGUCACGUUGUAUGCAAAGCUGGUCGGCCUUGUCACGCCCGACGACGCCAAGAGUGGACGUGAUAUCAAAGUUGUCCUUCCCGCCCACUCCAACCGUCCAAACUGGACGGCAGCGGUCGAAGCGCACGACGCGGAGGCCGAGUUUUCAUCCGAGAGUGUGCAAGAUGUGCGCUACGAACCGCACGUGGGCGACGAGGUCACGUGCAGUAUUGUGCGGACAAAGCGCGGACAGCACUUGGUGGCCAAGACGAUUGUGGCCAUCAAGACAAGUUUGAAAGCGGCGUUGAGUGGCGAAGGAUGGGUCACGUUGGUCAAGUCGGAAGGGUACGGCUUCAUCGAAUCGACCGACGGCGACAGCGUUUUUUUCCAUGUCACGGACAUUGCCGACAAGGGCAGCAAGCUCCGCGAAGGCGACGAGGUCCAGUUUGCCGUGAAGCAUGGUGCCGACCGCAAGAAGAAGGCUGUGAAUAUUGUCAAAGUCCCCCCGGGAACCCUUCCGCCCAAGGAAGUGCGGACUGUCGAAGUUGUCGUUGUCCGAGCGAGCCAUCGCCAGAAAGCGUCUGGCAAUUCGCACAAGAAACAAACGCCGCAGUCGACGGCCGGAAAACUCAAAAUUCGCGCAAUGCAUGCCGACGGGACUGCAGUCGACGAGAAAGACGAUCUUGACGAUCUCGACAUGGCGCGCCAUGGCUGGAUGUACCAUGUUGAAGACCAAGUGGACCCUGCGGUGGUCCUUCGACCAGGGGACGUGGUAACGUGCCAAGUCGUGGGCAAAAGCAAACAAGCCACGCAAGUGGCAUUGGUUUCCUCUGUGGCCAAGAAGGGCGUCGUCGAACUCGUCAAUGUCAACGGCGGGACUAUUGUCGUGAUUGCCGACGAUGCAGACAGCGGCAAUGCAGAAGAGCGCGUGACGUACCUGAACAAGAGCUUGCUCUGGCAUGGUGGUCACCACGGGGCGUUGGGCAUGGGCGACAAGGUCGAGUUUGCGAUCGCACAGCCGCACGGGGACAAGCCAGCCAUGGCGACGUACAUCGUGCGACUCGAGGGCGUGGACCGAAAAGGGGCCGGCGUGAAUUCAUCCUUGCGACGUGUUCUCAAGGAAAACGGAGGCUCCGCGGCCACCUCCCAUCGAAUGGCGAAAGGACCCGACGGCACGAAAGGAUUUUCCGCGGGUUGGCAGGCCGACGUCGGGACUGCCUAGAGAUAUUUCGGCGCAUCGUCGCCCUUUCAACCACAUUCACGCGUGCAAAGGUCGUUGCAACUUUGGCACGGGUGUUCGAUCAUCCUGGAGGUUUUUUUUCUCUAACCCCAACGGCGGUGCAUUUUUGAAUUCAACGUCUGUGUGCACAUUGCGCCUGGCCAAGCGUUGGGACGGAUCCAGCUGCCCAGAGUACACGGAUUGGCAUGGAUAUAUAUCGUUGGCUUUCGUU